AUGGCGGGGCCGCGGGUGGAGGUGGACGGCGGCAUUAUGGAAGGGGGCGGGCAGAUCCUGAGGGUGUCCACGGCCCUGAGCUGUCUGCUGGGCCUCCCUUUGCGGGUGCAGAAGAUCCGAGCCGGCCGUAGCACGCCGGGCCUCAGGCCUCAACAUUUAUCUGGAUUGGAAAUGAUUCGAGAUUUGUGUGAUGGGCAACUGGAGGGGGCAGAAAUCGGCUCAACAGAAAUAACGUUUACACCAGAGAAGAUCAAAGGUGGAGUCCACACAGCAGAUACCAAGACAGCAGGGAGUGUAUGCCUCUUGAUGCAGGUCUCAAUGCCCUGUGUUCUCUUUGCUGCUUGUCCGUCAGAACUCCGUUUGAAAGGUGGGACUAAUGCCGAAAUGGCCCCACAGAUUGAUUACACAGCCAUGGUUUUCAAGCCAAUUGUUGAGAAAUUUGGUUUCACAUUUAAUUGUGACAUUAAAAUGAGGGGCUACUACCCAAAGGGAGGUGGUGAAGUGAUUGUCCGAAUGUCGCCAGUUAAACAGUUGAGCCCAAUAAAUUUAACUGACCGUGGCUGUGUGACUAAGAUAUAUGGAAGAGCUUUUGUUGCUGGUGUCUUGCCAUUUAAAGUAGCAAAAGAUAUGGCGGCGGCAGCCGUAAGAUGCAUCAGGAAGGAGAUUAGGGAUCUGUAUGUUAACAUCCAGCCUGUUCAGGAACCUAAAGACCAAGCUUUUGGCAAUGGAAAUGGAAUAAUCAUUAUUGCUGAGACAUCCACUGGCUGUCUGUUUGCUGGAUCAUCGCUUGGUAAACGAGGUGUUAAUGCAGACAAGGUUGGAAUUGAAGCUGCUGAAAUGCUGUUGGCAAAUCUUAGACAUGGUGGUGCUGUGGAUGAGUAUCUGCAAGACCAGCUGAUCAUUUUUAUGGCGUUAGCCAGUGGAAUUUCCAGAAUAAAAACAGGACCAGUUACACUCCACACCCAAACAGCUAUACAUUUUGCUGAGCAACUAGCAAAGGCUAAAUUUACUGUGAAGAAAUCAGAAGAUGAAGAAGAUGCCUCUAAAGACACUUAUAUUAUUGAAUGCCGAGGAAUCGGGAUGACAAAUCCAAAUCUAUAG